UCUCGGGAUGAAGAACCUCUCCAGGCUGAUUGGAAAUGGCAUUGCAGAGCUGAAACGUAACUGGAGGAAACAUACCUCUCAAUGAAGAAAGUACAAUGCACUUGAAAGCUCUGACUCCUGGUGAAGAAUUCAAGCCUAGAGAAAACUUGUCCGCUUGGCUGGGAAGGAUGGGUUGGACAAUCCUCACGCAUUCCAAAGGGAAUCUGGAUGCCAUGCUGAGCUUAAUCUCUGCAGCAUGCUCGGUGAUUUUCUCCUCCUGAUGCAUUGCAUGGUUAGCCUGAGGAGAAGGAUUAAGAAACUGGCUACCAAGAUGGUAAUCACUAGUGGAAAUGAAGAAGAAAAAGGCAACCAGGAAAAGGAGAGCAAAGAGGAGUCCAUCUUGGCAAUGCUGGGCAUUAUCGGGACAAUCCUGAACCUCGUCGUGAUCAUUUUUGUGUACAUCUACACGACAUUGUGAGGCGCAGACACA